UUCACUGGUGUAAUUUGUAUGUACCUCUGGUCGGUGAACUUUCACACACUACAUUGAUCAGAAGAAAGGCAGUUACUCCAGGAACUACCAUGAACUUGACUGCUCUUCAGUCCUCUGAAGGACGCCCUCGCUCGCACUGUCCUUCACGUACCUCCAAGGAGAUGCUACUGAGUCAUCGCAUGAUGAAUGCAUUGGAGUUUUGCGGAAGAGCUGUUCUUUGGUCAAAUCUUGCAUCGAUUCGCCGUCAUGCAGACUGCCCUUUUGAGGACACUACCCAUUCCAGAGUCCCGCUGGAUCCAUCCGGUUAUGGCAUCAUCGUUGGAAGACUUUUUGCCAGUGAGAAACUAAAGCCAUGCGCGCCCAACUGUGAUGCAAUAACCUGAGCAAGUCUCACAGUGAUCAACGUCAACAGUACCACUACCCCCGACUCCUUUAUCGUCAAGUAUGACGGAAUUGAAACGCUUCACGCGUCACGACACCACCUUCAACGGUUGGCUUCUAAACCGCGCCUCGCACCACGGACUGACGCACUUCUUCUCCCGCCACUGGCAGCGUAGCUGGUGCAUCCUGGCGGACGGUCAGCUCCACCACUUCAAGCACCAGGGCAGCACGUCUCUGCAGGGCUGCCGGCUGGUGUCUAGGGCCAGCAACCAGAGCGACAAUGAGCCCAUCGGAUAUGUCCUGGAGAUUCAUCAAGGUAAAAAAAACAGAACUUCAUCAAAGAGGGGAUCGCCUCAUGAUCGGCAGAAUUCAGAAUCAAAGAGGAACAGUCAUCACGGCUCAGCAUCCAAACCAUUCCUAGUCUGCACCUCCACGCUACUAGAGCUGGAAAACUGGGAGAGAGAAAUACGCCGCGUCAGGGGAGGAGUAUUUGGCCAAAGCCUUGAAGACACUAUCAUCAAUGAGAGUGAUACCUGUACCAAAGUAAUCCCGUCUGUGGUAGAGAUGUGCGUCAUUUACAUCAGAAACAACGGCAUCAGGGAAGAAGGUAUAUUUAGAUUGAACGGGCGUAGCAGCAUGAUACAGGAGCUACAGGACGCCUUUAAUCACGGCGAGAGACCCUGCUUCGAGGAUCUGAGCCCUGGCGUACACACCAUCGCCUCGCUGCUCAAACGCUACCUCCAGCUCCUGCCGGAACCGAUCAUUCCCUGGCGACACUGCAAAUACUUCAUCCCCGUCAUGCAGCAGCUACAAGAAAACGAGAACGAAGGGCGCCACAAGCUGAUCAUCCAGCUGGCCCUUCUGCCUCGCAUCAAUUAUAACUUACUGAAGUACCUGUGCCAGUUUUUACAUGAGGUCCAACGCCAAGAGAUGUACAACAAGAUGGGACUUGGAAACCUGGCCAACAUCUUUGCUCCCCAUAUUCUGCGACCCAAGCAUGCCCAGGGUGCUUUCCUGCUUGGCAGCACGGCCCUCAGCCUCCGACUCGUGCAUUACCUGAUCCAACAUCACGAUAAACUCUUCCCACCCACCAGCGACAUACAGAUGGACUAUGAGGUCAUCGAAGCGCCCUCACCCGUGUCUAGUUUCGACUCCACCGGUAGCCUCUAUGAGAGGGCCAGCUCGUGCGAAUAUGAAGUUGAAAUCAUCCCGCAGUUACUGGAAGGCAAGGAUUCCUUCGCGGAAAGCAUGGACAAAAGGGUGACCAGGAUACAGAAAUCCGAGAGUUGCAACUACGAGCUGGAAUUGUUCGGGGAGGAUUACAGCAGGCCGUCGGACGUGAAUAGUAUUUAUGAGAAUUUGGAUUUGUCGAAUGGACCGUCGUUAAUUGAGUCACUGAAAAACCGUAUCUCGGAGAUGCCGAAUAAGCCACUCACACAGAGUGAACAGAAGGCUAAGCGUUACGGUGUGUCGUAUCGUGAUCCGGCGUCAAUAGCCACGGUGACAAACGGUCACCGACGUCACUCGAGUGGCAGUCCAAACAACAAAAUGAGCGGUGUCUCCUCAGAUGGUACAGGACCCAUAUUGCGCGGCAAGAAGCACAAGUUUCAGAAUGGAGAUGUGCACAGUCAGAUCCAGUCCACAUAUCAGAACGUCAAGACUCUGGCGAUCUCCUUCAAGGAGCAACAGGCUGAGGCAAGCAACGGCACGACUGGCGUUUACCAGAACCCGAACCCUCUCCACAAUGCCUUGAUCCGGGACUUGAAAGCGGCCACCACCAAUGAGGACGACUAUCUUCAGCCAACAUUUCUAAAGCAGCCUGUGCCCCGUACUACGAACGGAGAGGCUCUGAAACCACCCAAGCCAGCCACCAGAACUGCCCAAAACGGUCUCCAAAAAUCACCCCGUCAUACAAAGGACGACAAAGAACCGUUGUUGUUGUCGUCAGACAGCAACGACAUGAACGGAAACGCGCCCAGCACUAGCUAUGCCAACGGACAGAAAGCCAUACCAAGCGGAGAAACAAUGGCGCCCUCACAGGGAUUAAGAGCCCGGCUACGACAGAAAGAAGAGGAGAUUGACAGGCAGCAGAAAGCUUACGACAAGAUCAGGAAGGAGCGUGAAUCACUCAGAGUCAAGCUGGUUGCUGAGGAGGCAGCUCGUCUUGCGGCUGAGGAGCGAAAUCGGAAGCUGCAGCUCGAUGUGGACACACUGAAGAGACGUCUGGGUCUCAUCAGAUAAAUGUACCUAUAAUGGAGCCUAGCCAACCCAAAGACAGAUGUGCAGUCCAGUUGUCCAGUUGUGUGCUUUACGGCAACAGACUGAUGAUGCAAACCUCACCCAGCGAUUAGUAUUUAUCUGAUUGUUUCUUGAGUUUAAUUUUCUUCAAUUUAUUGCAGAAAAAUAUAAUGUCUUUAAGCCUGCCCUCUAAAAAGAUCAAAACUGGGCUCAAUGUUUGUUGCAAUCAAUCAAAUUGUUGCAACAAAUAUUUUAGUUUUACUUCGAAAAUCUCUUUACAUGCCAUCUCCAGAAAAAAAGCAUUUACAUGAUCUCAAAAGGCAUGUUCCUAUAUUGUUUUAAUUUUUUUUUUUAAAUAUUAUGGUACACAGUAAACUACUUGGAAGACAUUGAAUUGAAAAGGAUUAUUAAUAGCAGCCAUAUGUUCCACACUUGCAUUGGCUUGUGGAUGGUAUACAAAUAAUGAAUGUUUAUGAGUGCAGUGGUAAGAAUAA